CUCCCUUGUCCUGCACUCCCUGUAUAGCUUCUCCCGUUCCCCCCUCCGUUGCCUUCACUUCAGACUUUCUGCACAGUCAUCUCCCUUCUGAGCCAGAGACAUCAACCCGGGAUGGGCAACAUUCAACAAAGACCUUCAGAGUUGAUUCAACGGGAGCGGAGGCAGCUGAUAGAGGGCCUCAAAAAUGAUUCAGGUGUCCUACUGGAUGGGCUUCUGGCUCGAGGUAUCCUCACAGUGAGUGAAUAUGAGUCUCUGGAUGCCAUGGAUGACCCUGAACGCAUAGUGCGCCGGGUGCUUCUAAUAGUCCAAAAGAAGGGUGAGUUUGCUUGCCAGGAACUGCUGAAGUGUGCAGCUGAGAUCCGCCCUUAUGACUCCAGAGACCCCUUUUGGAAUUGGAAGCUUACACCACCAGCACAUGACUACCAUCACCACCGAAGCCAUGACUCAAGCUGUGGGGAUGACGGAAGGAAGGUUUCAUGUGGGGGUAUGUGCAUUGGGGUUCCUACCUCUACAGACAAGGAUGAGACUGAUGGUGUAGAAGGAUCACAGUUCUCAGAGGCAGCAGAAUUGGAUGCUCUUGAGGACCAAGAAUCUUCAAAAGAUCCAGAACCAGGCUCACAAACAUCAGAAAACGAUGGGUCGGUAAAUGAAAUUCUGGAAGAGCCAGAACUAGACACCCCAGAAAACAAUGACCUUCCAGAAUCGGAUCCAGAACUAGAGCCAGAACCAGAGCCAGAACCAGAUUAUGAAGAAGUAGUAGAAGACAAUGAAGAAGAUUCCUGAUGGAGUCAACUGAAAUGACCACUGCCCCAUCCUACCUGAUGUACCAGGGAGUGAGGUCAUCAUUGGGGUAUGAGAGUACUCAGGCUGGGGCACCCAGCCCCCUGAAUUCCUGCCCAGCUAAGACUUGGAGCGUGGGGUUGUUCCUAUUUGUCUUGAAUAAACUCAAUAAAGGUUCCAGAGAAGCACUGGAUUAAAAAUAUUGUUCACAAUAAAAA